AUGGCACAAAGAUUUCCAACUGGCGGGCCAAGCCCUGCACCUCCGCCAGGACCUAUGCAGCAACAGCAGCAACGCUAUCCCGGCUCUGGCCAGCCACCAGGCUCACCGAUGCCACCGCGGCCCUAUCCGGGUCCUAAUUUCCCAGCACGGAGCGGUUUCCCGGCGGCGGGCGGGGGAGUGGGCGUGGGGGCGGGCGGCGGCGUGGGGGCGGGGCGGGGCGCGGGCGCGGCGGGCGCGUACGGGGGCGCGGGGGCGGCGGUGGGGGCGGGGGCGGGGGGCCCGGGGGGCGCGCGCCCGCCGCCGCCGCAGCCGCAGAAGCGCGCCGCCGACGCGCGCAGCCCCAUGCCGCCGCAACACAAGCCCAACAUGUACAACACGGAAGUCUACUGCGGGGGGGCGGCGGGCGGGAAGCGCAAGAAACGUCUGGCUGACAAAAUCCUCCCCCAGAAGGUGCGGGACCUGGUGCCGGAGUCGCAGGCCUACAUGGACCUGCUCGCGUUCGAGCGCAAGCUGGACGCCACCAUCAUGCGCAAGCGCCUCGACAUCCAGGAGGCGCUCAAGCGGCCCAUGAAGCAGAAGCGGAAGCUGCGUAUCUUCAUCUCCAACACCUUCUAUCCAGGACAAGGAGACAACGCCGUCGCCUCGUGGGAGUUGCGCGUCGAGGGCAGGCUGCUCGACGAUUCGAAGAAUGAUCCCAACAAGGUAGCGACAAGAUCACACAUAUUUCGUAUGUCGAAAGACGAUCGAGUUUAA